AUGAGUUCCAAUUUUUCAGUCCGAUCGUCCUUGGCCAACCUCUUUGGCAUGAUGGAUGGAGUUUGUUGUGCCCAGCAAGACGACGAACAGUUCAAGGAAGAAGUGACACGAGAGCAACUCGAACACUUCUUUGCGCUCUAUGACAUGAAACAAGAAAAGCCUAGCGGACCAGGCAGUGAAAUAUCGACUGCCACCACCACAAUUUCAUCCAACUCGACAGCAGCAGCAUCCAGAUAUACAAUGUUCAAGGACAAGCGAUGA